GGUGAGAGGGAGAGGAGGAAAUUGAUUGCUAUUUUGUCAGUGUGAUAGUGCAAUGUUCCAGUGUUCUUCCAAAUUUAAAGUGGUUAUUUAAACGUAAAAAUGAGUGAAUCGCCAUGUAUUACGUACAUGGCGCUUUAUAUUUUGACGUUUCAUAUACUUCAAACAAAUUCCCGAACAUCAACAUUUUGGAAAUUGAAUGUUGAGGACGGGAAAAUAAUAGAAGUCAACCAGUUCCCUAGUGUUGUUACUUCUGUUUUGCCAAACGAUGACAACGACGAUCCUAUAUUCAAUAUUAUUACAUCUACUGUUCAUUACGGGAAGAGUUGGACCAAGAGAAGCUCCGAAAAUUAUUGUACGGAUUGCCAGUCAAUAAACUCCUCGUCGAAUAGGUCUGACCCAUAUGACGCAGAGGUUAAUAAAACAUCACACCGUCAAGAAUCAGAUAUUGACGACGAGAUAUUGGAUUGUGGGAAAACUGUCAACUUCACAUAUUAUGACAAUUUGGUUGGUAUCGCAAAUCGCAUGAACCACCCAAAUGUUCCUGAACCUCAGGUAGCAUUGAUCUUCAAGAAGCGCAACGCAGAACUAGACAUUGAAGGAUUGGAGAGGAGACUGAAAAAGGCAAAGAGAGAGAAACCAAAAUCAGUCCAGCUGUAUAACCAGAUUGGAAACUUCUUCAGAAUCAAGGGAGACACGACCAAAUCAAUUGAGUGUUUUAGGCGUGCACUUGCUGUGUCACCCCAUAAUGCCGAGGUGUUGUUGAACCUAGCGCGAGUCAUGUUUAACCUGCAGUACUUGGAUGAUGCCAUCUACCUUACUCGCCGGUCUCUGGAGGUUCAGCCCCCAGAUAAGAGCGCCUGGCAGCAGUAUUUCACCUUGGGCGAAAUUUUUAAGGCUUAUGGACACUACCAGGAGGCCACGCUACAUCUGCGUCACUGCUUGGAGCUGCGGCCGGAGUUUGAGCCCGCACUGGCAACACUGCGAGACAUGGAAGCUCUUCCUGACAACAACAUACACAUCUACACUGUCCUCAUCAUCAUCUUCCUGGUGCUGGGCGUGUUGAUAACGGUGGUGUCGUCGUGUGAUUCCAACCUCGACUCGGAGUUUGCCGAGGUGAAGGCCCACCGCCACUUCAACCGCGCGAUGGCCAUGCGCUCCCUCAAGAUGGGUAUAUCGCCACGUGCGCUGCGCACCAAGCGUUACAACGGUGGUUGCGGCUAGGCCGGCCAUCUGCACUUCUCUCUUUUUAUACAGCACAAAUUCCUUAGAAAUCACAUACUUCAUAGACGUAUCGUACCUUCUCGGUUUUAUUAUUGAUGUAAAAUUUCUUUGAUGUUGACGUUCGAAUGGCAUUGUUUGUUGACAAGGUAGACGAUCGAGUGAAAAUGCAAUCUUGGAAACACUAAUCAGUCGGAUGGUCCUAAGCUGAACUGAGGUUUGUAAAUGUCUCUUGUAGUUUUACGUAGUGUUUGUUGUUUGACAUGAAAACAUACCUAAAUACUUAGUUUUUGCAACAUGAGUUCUGUUAGGAUAAUUAUUAGUCGGUAUUUUUACCACUAUAAUCUUACAUAAAAUGUUACUUUUAGAUUUUUGCUAUUUAGGAUUGGAGUCAACCAUAAUCUAGUAUGAAGGAUACUUUCUUGUUUUGUUGACAACACUAAUAAUUAAUAAUUUUUCUUUUCAUGAAUUUAAAUUUUCCAGAAGUACUAAAAAGAGUUUUUGUCCAAGACGUUAUUUCUUAGUGCUCCAAUUUGGGAUUGGAAUGAACUAGUAACCAGGAUGGAAUAGAUGUACAGAAAUGAUGGGAAACUCAUUAAGAGUUAAUAAUCUAGUCAUUCUAAAUUAGUGAGGUAAUGUAUUUAUUUUUGUAAAAAUUACUUUCUGAAUAGUGUUUCUAAAAUAGCAUAGUUUUAGUUGUAACUUUUUUUGCUUUUCCAAUUUAUUUUUGGAGUUCUAAUAGUAUUUAUCUGAAGUAAACUAUUAUCUUAGGUUUUUUCAGAUCUAGAACCUCCAAUUUCCUUUAUUGAAUUCUGAUCUUUAUAAAAGUACAAAUCAAUAUGAAUAUCAUUAACUUGGUAGGAAGACUAGAAAGAAGUUCAAAGUUCAAUAAGCUUGUUCACUUGGAAAAAUUAGUCAUUCAUACUGUUACACAAUUUAGAAUACAGGAAGUUAAAACUGAGAUAAAAUCACAGCAAUAUUACGGAUAUAAGUAAGAACACAAACCAUUUGUUGAGGAUGAAAGGGGAAUUAAAAAAAAAAUUUAGAAAAAUGUUAUUCUAAAUUUUUUUAACCUAGAAAAGUUUUGGUAGAAAUUAUAUUCAGUAUUAUUAUCAAUAUCACUUUGGAAGGCACUUAAAAGCUAUUUUAUACCCAGAUUUAAUGUUAGGGCACAACCAACUGUUAGUUUUACAGUUAGUGGUUUAGAAACAUAUUACAUUCUUUCCCAGUCAGUAAUAAGCUUUAGGAAAAAGUUCAAUAUUAAGUUUAUCUAAUGAUUCUUUGUGUCUGUCUGCUGUCUGUAAUUUUAUUCCGUGAGUCAGUUGUAUAAUCUUUUCUUCCCAAAUUAAAUCCCAAUACCAAAAGGAUUUAAAAAAAUUAUCCAAUAAAUCAUUUUCUUUUGAAAAGUUGUGGUUUUAUUUUUUUUUUGUAUUUUAUUAACUCUUACUGUGAAAUGUCAAGACUUGCUUGUGGAAUAAAUUUUAACAAUAACAAAACAACUGAAAAGAUUGAAUCUUGAUAUUUAGGAACUUUUAACUUCUUUCAAUUCAUUGGGAUGAGUCUCAUUAUUAUUGACUUCAAAUGGUUGUGAAUAUUGUUAAUAUUAAUAUUGUGUUCAGUAACUUUUAUUUGCUCUUUACUCGAGUUGGCACUUAUCUUUAUUUGUGUUACAUUUGUGGUCACAAAAUCCUUGCAAAAUGUCAAGUUGUAAAGAAUUUUAUAUUUUCAAUAUGUGCCAUAUUGUAAACUUCAUUAGAGUUAGCUUUAUUUUCUGUCAUUUGUUGUACAUAAUUUAUGUAUAAGAUAAUUUUUUGUACUUAAGGAAUAAAUUUGUGUUGAUUAAUGAAUUAUAUUUUUUACAUUUGUUCAAAUUUCAAAUUAUUUGCUUCAUAUGCAGCUUGAAAAAAAAUAUUUGUCUUCCAAUCAGAAAGUAUUCAUUAUUUUGUACUUGUUUUCAUUAAGAAUAAUUUAUGUAAAAAUUGACUUCAUGACAAAAUAUGAUAUUACCUCCAGUUUCUAUUAGUGUGUUUGUGUUUUUAAAUAAGAAUUCAAGACAUUUUUGGUGUAUUGGUAUUAUUACGAUAGAACCCCGCUAAUUUUAUCUUGGAUAGUCCGACUCCUGGCCAAUGCGACGGUGCCAUCGCCCAUGAUGAUGUUAUCACGGUAAUAUUGUGAUCAUUUUCUAUUGUUGUUUAAACAUCAUCACUGUCUCCUGAAAUCGGGGCAAAAAUCUUGUUUGUCCUCCGCGGUCAUGGAAACAUCAUCAUCGUUUCCCGUGAUUGGGGCAAACCCUUGAAUAUAUUUAGCAGUAACAUCAUCAGCAUCUUCCGUGACCAAGGAAACAUUAUCGUCAUCCCCCCUAUCGCGACAAAAUCUAAGAUACCCUUUGCAAUAAUAGAAACAUUAUCAUCGUCUUCCAUGAUCACAUAACAAUCUUGUGGUCAAUUGUCUUCGCGAUCUCUUCAAAAUACUGAACAUUUUCUAAACUCGCUGGAACAUCAUCUUCGUCUCCCCAAUAACGGAAACUUAAUCCUUAUUAUCUGCAAACAUGACAAACUCAUACCUGCGGUAAUGGAAACAUCAUAAUCGUCAACCGCAAUCGCGGAUUAAUCCUGAACAUGCUUUUUUACGGAUAAUCCCAUCUUUUCACAGACCCAGAUUCCAGUCUCGUAGGUGACGGAUUAGCGGGGUUGUACUGUCCUGGUAAAGUGUUUUUUAGAGUUAAUAAAAUAAAUUUGAGUUAUUAGAAUUUAUUAGCAGUUGGUUCAUUGCAAAUUAAUUGUUGAAACUUAAAAUUACACCUAUUCUUUAGCUCUAGUAAGAAGCCAAAGUACAUUAUUCUUUUGUUCCUUCAACGGAUUGGACAGUAAAGAUCUCCUGGUUAGACCCAUUUGUGUUCCGAUUGUCACAGAACCAAACAGUAUAAUUACUUUGAAUUUUGGUCUUGGUAUUUCUAUGUCUCAGAAUGAUAAUUUAAUUUUGUAAAACUCGACCCAUUGUAUUCCUUACGAAAUCACUACAAACAUUCCACAUAAAAACAAAAUGACUCUAAAAUAAAUGUUGGCUUGAAUUUAUUUUACAUAAGAUUUAGUUCAAAAUCAGGGGCGAUUAGUGGGAGGCUGCCUUCUGCGCAUUAAGAAUGAGAUGAUGAAUAAGGAAAAUUCUAAUUAAUAAAAAAAACUGAAAUUCUCAAUACUGUAUACUGUAUUUAAAAUAUGAUAACCUAUUUUCCGUGCCCCCCCCCCCCCCUAAAAAUGUAUAUUCAUUUACCAAUGUCAAAGAAACUGUAUAUUGGAUGUGAACCCAUUGCUACUUCAUAAAAAAUGAUUUGAUAUCGUAUGCUUUCCUUUAUAAUUCUGGUGUUAUUUCUGUGUAUUUUCAGGGGGUUCUCAAAAUUAUAAGUAAAAUCAGUCCUAAAUAUUUAGUUAAGCAAAUAAAUGUGUUGGGUUUUACGUUGUGCCAACUUAGGCUUUGCGAAUUUCACAGGUAAUUGUUUAUUUUCUUAUUGGUUCCUAAGUAGUUGUUUCAGUUUGUUUAUAUUGUGAACAAGCAAUGAAUAAAUAAUUUAUUAUGAAGCAAA